GGCUUACCUACCUACCCUAUUGCGGAAACAUGGUAUAGUUUCAAGAUUUAGAAUCAACAACUUAUCUGACUUUCUUUCACCUCUACUGAUUUUCUUACGGAUAUGGAGAGGCCUCGUCUUGACCGCGUGUGUCUUGUCACGGUCGGUGCGACCACGGGGUUUGGCAAACUCGUUGAAUCGGUACUUCAGCCAAGUUUCUGGCAAUACAUGCAUUCACAGAGUUUUACUCAACUGCGCGUACAAUGCGGCCCUGAUCUUGCCCGGGCGAGCAAACAACUUGCCGAUCGCAAAGAUGACAUUCCAUCGGCCCUAUGUAUCGAGCUAUUUGCAUCCAGAAAAAAUCUCAUGAAGGAGGAAAUGUCUCUAUGCAAGGACGCUGAUGGCAAGAGACAACUUGGCCUUGUGAUAUCCCACGCUGGUACGGGAACAAUCCUGGAUGCGUGGAAGAUGGGGUUGCCUCUUAUCGUUGUACCAAAUAUACAGCUUUUGAACGAUCACCAGACUGAGAUGGCUAAACAUCUCUCCAAGGAGGGGUAUGCAAUCAUGAGCUCUGGAAGGUAUUAAACCCGGACCUUCGACUGAACCUUCUUCUCAUAUUGGACAGUGCCGAGGAUCUUGAAGAAGCUAUCCAUAAGGUGGGACUUCUCUGGGAGGAGAACAAGACUCGUUGGCCUCCACACGUUAUUCCCUCCCAACAACCCAAGAGGCUUCGCUUGUGGGAUCUCGCCCCUGAAGACGUCGCCAAAGAACAGAACGCCACGAUGGUGCAUGAUUAGGGCUUUGACAUCCUCAAGCGCGCCGUGGGCCUCUGAUCGGACAACAGACCACUUGGCAAUGAGAGGAGAUGUAUAUACAUUACGAUUUGGGAGGAAGGCAUAUGUUUGGUGUUUAGGCGUAUCUAUUCUCGCACAACUUGUCAAAAGGUGCAUCUAUCUAAUGUAAACUCUGUUUCCCGUGCCACCUGGGUGGGGAAAUACUCGCCAGGUGUAGAAUAUAUCUUGUUCAAGGCAAAUUCUGAACCUUCCAGAUCUUCAC